CGCCGCCGAACCCCAUCGAAUUUGUUGCUUAUCAACACAACCCUUCUCUUUGCAAAUAGAAUCCUUCCAAUUCAUAUGUGCUAGCUUAUUGUUCUAAUAUUUUUGCCUCAUUUCUCUCUACCUUUGGUUACAGCGACACACCCUCCGUCUGCAACUCAGUGCAGCUGCCCCGCAAUACCUACGCGGGCAGUUAUCGUUACCAUGAGCUCUCAUGUCGUGGUGAUUGACUCUACAGCUCGGCGAGCUGUGGUGAAAACAAACCCAUCGAAGCCGUUGGCAGAUGUAUUGCAGGAAGCUUGUGCCAAGCUUGGCCUCAACGCUAGCCAAUACGGACUCAAACAUCAGAGCAAACAGGUUGAUCUAUCGCUCUUAUACCGGUUAUCCGGCCUGACCUCUGGUGCGAAGCUUGAGCUCGUCCAGCUUUCCAAGUCCCCGUCAGUUGUCACUGUGGCUUUGCAACUCCCCGAUUCCGAAGCGCACGGCACCAACGGACGAGUCCUCGACAAAUUCCCUAGUACUACAACUCUAUGGCUGGUGCUGAGGAAAUUCGAGGCCGGGGUGGCGGGCAAUGGGCCAGCCAGGAAUUUGACCGCCAAGUGUGCUCCAGCUGUCGAUGGCGGAUCCAGUGGAGCUGGACGACUAUAUUACCAGAUGCCUGUUUUACAGAGCAUGGGACGCGAACUGGCAACAUUCUCAGAUUUACAAAAGUCCUUGGCUCAGCUAGGUUUCAACAGUGGCAAUGUUUUAUUCCGAUUAUCGUUCCGAACAACGCAAGAACCGCUGGAAGAAGCGAUGAUGAAAAUCACGCAAUAUUUCAAAGAAUUCGAGGAAGAAACCACCAUUCCCAGUGCUGCGCCUGCAGCUAGCCCGGCUGCUAUAGAUCAAGCACCACCUGCCAUUAAAGAAGAGAACGUAAUUUCGGAAGAGCCCUCAUCAGUACCCGUCACAUUAUCAACAUCCACUGCCGAAGUGCAGCCAUUAGGCGAGCAGAUCCCAGAACAGCCAACAAUUCUUUCGGACUUGAAUCGGCCUGUCACCGUCUACCGGCCCCCUACCAAUACCACACCACAAUCUGCUUUAGCAUCUUACCGUGAGGAAGAUUACGUACCAAGCAUCGAACACGCCAAAUCUCAUCAAGACAGGCUCAAUCAACUGUCGCAUAACGUGCGUCUUCCCAGCGACCGGGAAAUCGCCGAAAAGGCCGCUGCAGAGCAAGAGAAGCUGGCUGCGAUCAAAGAAGUAGAGGUGAAAAUACGAUUUCCGGAACAAAGUCAGGUCGUUGCCAAAUUCGGACAGCCUGAUACAGGAUCCGUUUUAUAUUCGUUUGUCCGAGAUUGUUUGGACACCCCUUUCGCCAAUGAGAAAUUCUCUCUAGCAAUAUUUGGGGCUGGGGUAUCUCGAGGCCCUUUCGAUCAAAAAAAGAUCAUUCCAGAUUCAGAUCGUCAGUAUUUGAUUAAGGACCUAGGCCUCAAGGGAAGAGUGCUGGUCAAUUUUACAUGGGGCGAUCACGCAUCUACGGCAGCCCGUAAAAGCGGCACAAAUUUGCUAAAGUCGCAACUUCGCAGUCAAGCCCAAGAUAUCCAGAUACCCGCCGUGCCUGGUCUUGUGGCGGACGAUGAAGACAACGCAAAGAAAUCACCAUUGGGCAAAUUGGGAGCAGCUUUGAAAGGCGACGGUAGUACUAGCCAGUCUGGCGGCCGUAAAGGAGGAGUGCCGAAAUGGCUCAAGUUGCCAGGUAAAAAAUAAGUGCUACCAAUGAUUGGGAUACGCAUCUAUCUUACUGUACAUAAUAUCGACUUGCAUCUCAAGUAUGACAAGCCGACUGACGAAUGCUAUGAAUACUAUCUCUACGAUACUACUUCAUGAGAAUAUAAAUUAUCGUUCCGAGGU